CGGCCGGCGGCGCGAUGGGCUGCGGGAACUCCACCGCCACCAGCGCGGGCGCGGGCCGAGGCCCGGCAGGAGCAGCUAAAGAUGUAACAGAAGACUCGUUAACAGAAGAUGACAAGAGGAGAAACUACGGAGGAGUGUACGUGGGUCUCCCAUCCGAAGCUGUCAGUAUGGUAUCCAGUCAAACAAAGACUGUUCGAAAAAAUUAGAAGAAAGUGCCAUGACUCAAUAAUCAAGAGCUUGCUCAUCAAGAUUUAGAGACGUCAUAAUGUGCACAGACGUUUCCAAGGAAAUUCUUAACAGUCACCUGCCCCCCCGCCUCCCCACAGUUCUUAGGCCGAUGGUUAAAACCGUGGUGCCUAGUGAACGACGUCCUAGAGAGGAAGUGGUUAACCGCACGCCUGUGUGGGACUCGCCGUGGUCCAGCGACGAGAGGCCGGCGGGCUGCUGUCCCCCGCCAGCCUGCUUGCUCCAGCACGCGACCCGCCCUCCACGCCGUUCCCGGGAUGACGUCUUUUCGCGGAUGCUCUUUUGAUAGUUUUUAUAUAAGGAAAUCCUUAUCCUAUUUGUAAGUUAAGAUAACAAGGCACUCUAAAUGAACUCUCCAAAGUAAUAUAUUUGUUUGUUCUCUUUCACUAUUUCUACUUCGCAUUCCUUUUUAGCUGUAGUGUUAUGGAUUCUUACUCCCUUUUUUACUCUUUGGUGUUGAGCUUUAUUUAAAUGUCAGAAAAUGUCCUUUAUGAGGAACAAUGUAUGACAUGGCGGUAUUUGAGAAUAAAUGACGGAAACUGGCAUGUCUUAUGCACAUUUUUAUUACCUCCCUGUUUCCUGUAGUCCAGGGCUUCGAACCUGCGAACGCAGAGCCUCUGGGCUCCUGCUGGACCUUCGAGCCAUGUCGGCGUCUCGUCCUGUUAAUUCUAUACUGUGUCAGGGACCUGGGUUAGUGGGGUAUUUCAGAAGGUUUCAGUUUGAUAACGACC